ACAGUCAUUGCCGGCAACACCUCACAGCUGCCUAUAGAGAGCCUCACGUUCAACAACAGCGGGGAUUACACUUGCAAUGUGAAGAAUGAUUACACCACGAUUAGCCGCACGGAGAAGGUUUCAAUCCUCGUGUACACUCUGCUGUCCAAUGUGAGCAUCAGCCUGAGUCCAGACAAGGAGAUAUUUAUCGAGAAUAAAGACACAACGACAUUGAGGUGUACAGUGAUGGGAUUGUUCCCCACCUAUUCCUGGGCACUGGAUGGACACCCGUUACCUGUAACCCCACGUUACACACUGUCUGCAGCUAAUAGCACUCUGACAAUCAGCCCCGUACACAGGAACGACAGUGGAGGGUUUAUCUGCGCGGCCAGUAACCCGGUGAACAGUGACAGCAGCAAACCAGUGAAGCUGGUGAUAACUGUGAGUAUAUUUGCUGUUGUGUUAAAACCAGAUCAACAGUGUAACUACAGGUGGACGCAUAACACCACAGUCAUUGCCGGCAACACCUCACAGCUGCCUAUAGAGAGCCUCACGUUCAACAACAGCGGGGAUUACACUUGCAAUGUGAAGAAUGAUUACACCACGAUUAGCCACACCGGAGAAGGUUUCAAUCCUCGUGUACAGGGCUCCCACACAGCAGAUCACAUGCGGAGCAGCCAGAUAAAGGAACAGCAUUGGUGUGAUGUGCUCCUGGGGUGGUGGGGUGCAGACUCUGUCCUUCAGCUGAAGGUUGGACAGACGAUUGUCAAUGCGACAAACGAGGGGAAUGUCACCAUCACAAAGGAUCAGCUCAGCUCCCGAGAGAUCUUCACAUGUGUUGGACGCCAUAUUGUCUCUGACAGUCAAUGCUCUAUAGUCAUUGAUAAACCCCAGAGAGCGUCAGGGUCUGAGCCUCAGGUGGAAGUGGGGAAGGAGGCAGAUGUGACCUUAGACGUGUCACUGACAGACACAGUGCGGGUGUCAGACCCUGGCCUGCUGCCCGCACACUUUACAUGGUCGAAGGAAGACAACUCCAUCACUGGCUCUGACGGCAAGUUCAACAUCACCUCAGGACCGACCUUCUCUAAACUGCUCAUCAGUAAAUUCCAGGCAACCGAUCAGGGCACAUAUCAAUGCCAUGUCACUAACGCAAUGGGAGAGAACUUCUUCCAAUUUGACGUGACUUUGAAAGGCGGAGUGAAUGUGGCCCUGAUAGUGGGGACAAUAGUGGGGGCUGUGGCUGUGGUGGUCAUUGCAACACUCGCUGUGUUGUACGUUUACAGGAAACGUAAGGAAGCCAAAACACAGCAAGAGACAGAGGGUGAACCAUACUACGAGACCAUUGAUGUCAGAGCUUCCUCUGCCAAUGUCUCCCAGAAGGAUUCAGGCCCUUACAUGGACCUUGGAAAGCACCAAAAAGAUAUUUAUCACAAUUUACGUCGUAAUGGCACCAGGAAGUAGAUAGCUGUGACAACGUAGAUCAAUUUCAAGAUCCUUUCAAUCAUCUACAAAUCCCUUCAGGCUC